UAUAACAUUAAAAGACUUCGUGUGACGAAAUUUUGAAAGAGAAAACAUUUUGUUGCAGAAAAGUAUACAACUAGAAGGAAUCAAGAGAUUUCAUUGCUUCUCAUAAGUUUACCAUCCCCUUGCAAAAACUUCCAAAAAGUUGACCCUGAAAAGAUUUUUUUAUGCCCAUCUUUAGUACAGGCCACAGAAACCAAAGUAAAAUCCAAAAAUCUGCAAUAAAUAAAUUCAAAUAUUUUAAGAUAAAAGAGUAUACAAAUCUAUAUAUUUUGAUUAACCACAAUUUUCGGUCCACAUUUAGUAGAACCGACUAAUCUGUAGAUUCCACGUAAAUCUUCGGUGGCCACGAGCGGAAUCAAACUACAGACAUCGUAUCGUGUUUUUCUCCUUCAAAUGCCUCUAGACCAACCCUGCUUGGUUCACAAAUCUAUACAUUCUAAUUAAUUUUCACUUUGUCGACAAAUUCAAUAGUGUAUAUUCUAAGCAGUUUUCACAUGGAUCAAAAGAUUCAAAUUAGCUAACGCUUUCACAUAACAUAAUACGACACCAUAUAUAAAUUUGUUAAGUAUGCAUAAAUUGAUUUAUGAAUAAAAGCUACGUUUGACAACAGAUCAAAUGGUAAAGGCAUACAUUUCAUUUUUGACGUAUACACGCUACCAUCAAACGCGCAGCAAACGCUGACAGCCGCGGUAACACGAUAACAAUACCAUACCAUUUUUAAAAUAUACAUGUAAUAACAAUACAGGAAAGUCAAAUGAUUAAAAAUAGAUGUGAAAAGGUACCAAAAGAAGAAGUGGAAAUACACCAAAUCAAUAUCAAGUAAAGAGUUAGGCAGCCCCUUGAUUUCAGCUUAAACCCACCGACAUUUUCCCAUAGAUUCUUUUAUUUCUUCUACAAGCCGUAUUUAUUUGUAAUUUAAGACAAUCAAAUAUUUAUAGAAGUAAUUUAUCUUUUUUUAACGUUGAUUUAUUAUGAUAUUACAAUGAUAUGAGAAAGAUUACAUAUACGAUUCGACUACCUGAUUUAUGAGGACCUAUGCCUAACUGCAUCAGCUGAGCCGUCUUAUGAAAAUCCACAUCUGACUAGAUUUACUUGUACCAUGUUGAAGAUUCUUUGUAAGUCUUUCUUCCGUAGUCUGUAUAAUUGUUUAAUAAAUCGAUUUCUCCGAGAAUUAAAACUUGAAUUUCUUGUAAUCUGCAAGAAAUUGCAUAGUCUGGGAUUCAAACCUUCAAACUUGGGUGUAAAAACAAUUAAACCAGGCUACGGUGAUUCACGGAAGUAAUUUAUGUAAAGAGUAUUCCUCGCUUCUUUCUCUUGUUAGGAGUCAGGACCUUGUCUCGCACGGCUCCUGAUUACAUCAUUAUAUAAUUGUAUAAAAUUGUUUUACACAAAUAAAUGGACUUUGGGCCUCAAAACAAGAUUUUUUCUGGGCUGCUACAAGCUAUUGAUAUUUUAUACAGGUCUAUUUUGUAAGUGGGUAUAUAAAGGAAUUGAUUUACUAAUUUCACAAGCGAGAAAAUAAAAGAGAAAGCCCUAGAAACCUUGCAUUUCAAGGUAUCUUCAGCUGACACAAACAGAGAUAUCAUGGCGACUUCAACGAUAGGAGCAAAAAGAAAAAGACUAACUCCAGAAGAAGAAAAAAAGAGACAAGAACAGGACGAGAUGGUUACUGCUGCUUUUGCUUUAAGCCACUUCAUGUUCUUGCGCGACAGAAUCCAAGAUGGUAAGAAGAAGAAAAUCAUCAAGGAUGAUACGGAAGAAACCCUAGACUUACUCCUCCGAUGGACCAGCGAUCCACCAAAAAAUCUACCGGAAGCGACCACGGCAGUGUUGGGACGAUGCAGCAAACCGAUAAGGAAGCAGUUAACAAAGAGCGACGUGAAGGGAGAUCAAAACAGGCUUAUGCUAAGUAAGGUGCAAGUGGACAAGAACUUUUUGCCUCUUCUUGAAGAAUCGGAUACUCUGCUUGGGAAAGAGGGGACUAGGGUUUCGGUUUACGGACCAGACGGGAAGGCUCAUGAGAUGAUGUUCAAGAUGUGGAAUGAGAAGACGCCUGUGUUGAUGUCAGGAUGGAACACGUUUGUGAAAGUGUAUAAGCUCAGUAUGUAUUGCGAUUUUCUCACAGUUUUCAUGUUUAGGCACAAGGUGACUCGUGAGAUUUGUGUCGCUAUUGACUCCACUAGGCAUCCUGUAGCGAGACAGUUGAGUGAGAGGAUCUCAAAGAUUGUCUUCAAAGGGGAGGACAAGGACUAGGGCUUUUGAAAUAGAAUGUGACUUUUAGGAAUGAUUUAAGAGUUUUUUUUUCUUAGAGAAGGUAAUUAAGGGUUUAAGGUUUUAGUUAGGAAUUUAAUUUAGAGAUUUUAUAAGAAGAAAUGGAUAGAGCUUUUUCUUUCCAAUAAGUAACUAUACUACUUCAAAGAGACAUCUGAAUAAUAUAUAGAAGUUUUAUGAGCACAUUUUGCUUUUGUUUUUAAUUUGGUCUUCAUUUACAAAUUAUGACAAAAUAUGUUGUUUUCACCAGGAAGCAACAGUAAUGGAGAUGUCAAGGGGAUAAUUACCGAAUUAUACAGAGUAUUAGUGUGUAUUUAUUUGAAACACGAUCUAUGGAAUUGUCCUUGCUAAGUUACUUUAACUUCUUCAC